CAUUAGCUUUCACACCACACCUCAUUAUCUACUCCUUAACUUCUGCUACAAAAGCUUCCUCUCCAAACUUUCCCUUUCUACAGGAGGCCUAUAUAUCUCUCUUUCCCCUCCCAGCAUAACAACUGUUCUCUGUGUCUUCCCCUGUUUUUCUUGUUGAUUUCUUUCAUUUUAACAACCAUGUUUGAUUCCACUCUGGAAUUGAUCACUCAGGUUGCUUCCAACUCUCUUUUCAUCUUCUGCUUCUGCAAUUUGAUCAUAGUCAUAAUCCUCAUGGGAUCAAAACCUAGUCCCAACAACGAUCAAGAGAGUGAAGUUCGCAUUUCAUCGGUCGACAACACAUAUUCAGAUAAGAAACAAGAAACAGUGGCUAAACAUUUAGCACUUGGAGGAAACAAAAGGUUAAUAGAUGUUGCCGCACCAUCAAACGCCAGGGAAGCACCUGCAGGCAGCAACAAAGAAAAUGCCCAUGACGAUGAAAAUGAUGAAUUUCGCAGAAGAGUUGAAGAAUUUAUCUAUAAAGUCAAUAGAGGAUGGAAGGCAGAGUCACUGAGAACAUCAUGCUUAGUCUAGAAGAAGAAGAAAAAAGAAAUUUACUGUAGUAUAAUGCAGUGGAAGGAACUUGCCUUACUGGGGAAAAUUUUAUUGUAUCAUUUCAAAGAAAUGUUCACAGAUAGAUGCUCUUGAACAUGAAUUCAGAGUCUCAUGUCAACUCCACAUGUUUAUUACGUUCUAGUUCUGGAGGGCAGUACGGUACCUUGAAGAAUCGUUUAACAAAGAAAAGAAUUCAAGUACAGCUUCUUUUAUUCCAUUUUUAUGCCCCAGAAUUAGUUAAAAUUUAUUUUUAAUUUUUUUUUUAAAUUUUCCCCCCAUUUCUUUUUCAAGACACUAAGAAGCCUUCUUUUGAACCAUAUAGAUAAAUGUCAUCUUGGCUGCAAAGAUGAGAAUGGUUUAGCCCCACAUGCUACAGCGUGAAUAAAGUGAAAGCCUCAAUAUUAGAUUC